CCAGGAGACGCCCGGAAUCACCGCUGCGCAGCCAGGCUAGGGGCUGAGGGGUAGGGGCUUGGUGCGGAGUCCCCGACCUCCACACUGUAACCUCUCCUAGCGAGAAGGUGCAGGGCCAAUUGCUGGGGGACUGGAGGGGGACGGAGGCGGGUAUCAAGCUCUCAGAGCCAGGGGACAGCAGCAGGAUGGGAGAGGACUGAAACUCCCCCCUAGGCAGUGGUUCCCCAAGCAGGGAGCACCCGCUGUGCCUGGGUCUUAACCUCAGCUGACCCUAGCUGCCCACCUGGGGCGCAGGGUUUAAUUUUAGCUCCUGCCACAGUGCCCAGAGCCCAGGAGAGCAGCCAGCAGACACUGGGCAGCCAGGGCUGCUGGGGGCAGCUCAGCUGGGGUGGGGGUGAGUGGGAAGACCAGACCAGCUUCUUCCCAGCCUUGCACCCAGCCAAGCUGCCUCCUGUGGCUCUCAGUGAGCCCCCUAUGGCCUGGCAGAAGGCCCUCCUCUCAGUUGAGUGCAGGGUCAGCGGGUGCAGCCAGGAGAGCAGGAGGAGGCAGCCACCCAGUCUGGACAGGAGUUACACAGGCCUGAGAAGCAGCUAGUGGCCCAGGGCCCUACUGGGAGUUUAAAGACUGACUUAGUUGCCCAAAAGAUUGAGAACACAGAGCUUGGACCACAGGAAGGGAGUACCAAAAAGCUGGGUUUUUCUUGGCUUCCCAGCACCCGGUCAGCCAUUUGCACCUUGACCUUACACAGGCAGUCUGCUCCCUGCAGGCCUCAGCCUUCCCAUCUGUACAAUGGGAAUGCUGAGCUAGACAGCUGAUUCCAAGUCCAGCAGCCCACCCUCUGGACUCUGCUCCUCCAGCUCUCCCCAGCAAGACUGCGGGUGGCCACAUGCAGUUGUGGAGGAGAAAGUCCCUGUGGUUGGCACUGUCAGCCUCCUGGCUCCUCAUACUUCUGGGAGUCUUCCCCCUUCUCCGCGUGGCAGUGCCCACCAAGCCUCAGCCAAGGGCUCCCCUAGGCUGGCCCCAAUGGCUGGAUACGGAGCUGCUGCAGGGUUUCUCCCAGCCUGAGGAUCUCCUGGAAGAUGACACUCAGCCUUCUCCAGUCCCCCAUAAAGGCAGCUGCGACUGGGGAACUUGCUUCGACACCUCAAAGUGCAGGGGCAGUGACUUCAAGGUGUUUGUGUAUCCAGCUGCUGGACCCAUCUCUGAGAUGCACUGCAGACUCCUGGCUUCCCUCGAGGGUUCCCGCUACCAUACAUCCAGCCCCACUGAGGCCUGCCUCCUCCUGCUCCUCAGCUCAAACAACCAUGCCAGAGGCUGUAGCAUGACAGUCCCCCUAGAAUGGAAUGGGGGCAGGAACCAUCUGCUCCUCCAUCUGCACCCAGCCCCUUGCCCUUGGACCGUCCAGCUGGGACAGGCAAUAGUGGCUGAAGCCAACCCCCCAGUGAACACCUUUCGACCUGGCUUUGAUGUGGCCCUCCCACUUCUCCCUGACAACCACCCGUUCCGAGGUGGGGCUCCUGGCCAGCUGCAGCGGCACAGCCCCCACCCCAGGGUGGCUCUGCUGGCCCUGGCACAGGAGAGGGGCGGGUGGCAUAUAGCAGGUACCAACUCCUCUGCUUGUCCCUGGGCUGGGCACUGUGAGCAGGACCCUGGAUCCAAGCAGACCCAGCCUGGGACAGCAAUACCCAAUGCCACCUUCUGCCUCAUCCCUGGCCGUCAUCCAGGUGCCCUACACUUCCUCCAAGCGCUGCAGGCUGGCUGUAUCCCUGUGCUUCUCAGCCCUGAGUGGGAGUUGCCCUUCUCCGAGGUCAUUGACUGGACCAAGGCAGCCAUCAUAGCUGAUGAGAGGCUCCCACUUCAGGUCCUGGCUGCCCUCCAGGAGAUGCCCCCCAGCAAGGUCCUCGCCCUGCGUCAGCAGACCCAGUUUUUAUGGGAUGCCUACUUCUCCUCAGUAGAGAAGGUCAUCUACACUACUCUGGAGAUUAUUCAGGACCGGAUCCUUGGAGCCUCUGCUCAUCCCUCGCAGCUGUGGAACAGCCCUCCAGGGGCACUCCUGGCUCUACCCACUUUUUCUACUAACCCUUCAGACUUUCCCUUCUACCACCUACAACAGGGCUCUCACCUUGUGGGCAGGUUCAGCGCCCUGAUCUGGGUGGGGGCCCUAAGCCAGCCCCCCCUGAAGCUCAUCCAGGCGGUGGCAGGUUCCCAGUACUGUGCCCAGGUCCUUAUUCUCUGGAGCAGUGAGAGGCCACCCCCACUCAAGUGGCCCGAGACAGCAGUGCCUUUGACAGUCAUUGAUGGGCACGGGAAGGUCAGUGCCCGAUUCUUUCCAUACAGUGCCAUUAGUACCGAUGCUGUCCUCAGCCUUGAUGCCCACAGCAGCCUUUCCACGAGCGAGGUGGACUUUGCUUUUGUGGUGUGGCAGAGCUUCCCAGAGCGAAUGGUGGGCUUUCUGACAUGGAGCCAUUUCUGGGAUGAGGCCCGAGGUGACUGGGGCUACACUGCUGAGAAGGCCAAUGAAUUCUCCAUGGUUCACACCUCAGCUGCCUUCUACCACAGGUAUUAUCACACCCUCUUCACCCACUCCCUGCCCAAGGCUCUGAGGACCCUGGCUGAUGAGACACCUACCUGUGUGGAUGUGCUGAUGAACUUCCUGGUUGCAGCUGUCACCAAGCUGCCCCCCAUCAAGGUGCCCUGCAGGAAACAGCAGCAGGAGGCCAGACCUCUGGUGGCACCUGGGGCUGCUAAACCCAAGUUGGCGCCGCUUGCAGGCCGAGACUGCAUCAGCCAGGUAGCGGCAGGCUUCGGCCACAUGCCUUUGGUAUCCUCCCGCCUCCGCCUGGACCCAGUGCUCUUCAAGGACCCCGUGUCUGUGCUGCGCAAGAAAUACCGCCACCUGGAGAAGGGUUAGGAACGGCCAGGAGAGACCCCAGAGCCGUCCCUAGGGAAAGUUGCAUCUGCGGGGUGGAUAGACCCCGUUCUCUCUCUUGGGACAUUGGAGACAAGAUCCAGGCGGCUAGUGGGUCAGCAGGCCAGACUCCUACUAGCCAAUCACAGCUGAUGAAGCGGAGCCUGCCCCCCUCCGCCCCUGCUCCCCGGUUCUCAGGUGCUCAGUGCUGUCUCUGCAGCUGUGGGACCCUGAGGGUUUGCCUGGGAUCCUUUACUCUGCUUCUUCGCCUAGCUCAGUUUUACUUGUCUUUCACAUCCUCACCUUUUCCAGGAACUUGCCGGACCCCUAUCCUCACCGGGGAUGGGUUUGGUCCCUGCACUGUCUCAGUUGCCUUGCGGCAUAAGCAUUAGGACGGACUUGGCAGGUGAGCCACAGAUAUUCCAGGAACAGGUAGAUUAAAAAAAAAGA